CAUGUUAAUUGUAAUUAUUAAUAAAUAAGAGUGCCAUGAAAGCGCGGUGGCCAACUGUCACCAGUUAUCUGCGCAAUAGUUGGCGUUGGCAACAACAGCGCACACAAAGCAAAGCAGCUGCAGCAGCAACACAAACAACUACCGCCACAAACAAAACUGCCACACGUGAGACUUUCUUGGAGCAGAUAAGUCGCGGGCCGGGGCUGCAGGAUUUCUUCACAGCAAAACCUUUGUCCAGGCUAAAGCUGAAUGAAACUCAUGCUGAUGAAGUGGAGGAGAACAGCGUACCCUAUCUGAAUGCCAUCGAUUACAAUGGAAAUGGAAGGCGUGUCUAUUUCGAAGUCUAUGGCUGUCAGAUGAACACAAACGACACUGAAGUGGUUUGGAGCAUACUAAAGCAGAAUGGUUAUCAGCGCUGCGAGGAUCUGCGGCAGGCCGAUGUCGUCAUGCUCGUUACUUGUGCCGUGCGCGAUGGCGCCGAGCAAAAGAUUUGGAAUCGUUUGGUGCACUUGCGGUCUCUGAAAGAACGUCGAGGAAAGAAACGUGGACUGCAGCUCACACUGCUUGGCUGCAUGGCUGAGCGACUGAAGGAGCGCCUGCUAGAUAAGGAGCAGUGUGUAGACGUCAUAGCAGGACCUGACAGUUACAAGGAUCUGCCAAGAUUGUUGGCAGUUGCUCGACACUAUGGAAAUUCAGCCAUUAACGUGCUGCUGUCGCUAGAUGAGACCUAUGCGGAUGUAAUGCCCGUUCGAUUAAAUGAUGAAUCGCCCACGGCUUUCGUUUCCAUAAUGCGUGGAUGCGACAACAUGUGCUCUUAUUGCAUAGUGCCUUUUACGCGAGGGCGUGAACGCUCGCGACCAUUGCAAUCAAUUGUGGGGGAGGUGCAGGCACUUCGGGACCAAGGCGUCAAGGAAGUGACACUCCUGGGGCAAAAUGUCAACUCCUAUAGAGAUAAGAGUACGGACCAUACUUCAGACGCUAAUAUGGCCGCUGGAUUUAGCACAGUGUACAAGCCCAGGAUUGGCGGGUUGCCCUUUGCUGCGCUCCUCCAAGCUGUGGCCGAGGCUGUACCAGAAAUGCGCAUACGCUUCACAUCGCCGCAUCCUAAGGAUUUCUCCGAUGAGGUACUGCACGUUAUUCGUGACUAUCCAAAUGUGUGCAAGCAGCUGCAUCUGCCGGCGCAAUCGGGCAACACAGAGGUACUAACCAGAAUGCGUCGAGGUUAUACGAGGGAGGCGUACCUACAGCUCGUUGAUCACAUUCAUGAAAUACUGCCCGAGGUCAGCUUUUCCAGCGAUUUCAUCUGCGGUUUUUGUGGCGAAACGGAGUCGGAAUUCGAAGAUACAAUCACACUGAUCGAUCAAGUGGGCUAUAAUGUGGCCUAUUUGUUUGCGUAUAGCAUGCGUGAGAAGACCACCGCACAUCGACGCUAUAAGGAUGAUGUGCCAGUCGCAGUGAAAACGGCACGAUUGCAACGCAUGGUCCAGAGUUUUCGAAAUGGAGCCGAAAGGCUACAAAGCCGCUUCGUAGGCCAGAAUCAGCUGAUUCUGAUCGAGGGCAAAAGUAAAAGGUCCGAAUCGCAUUGGUUUGGACGCAAUGAUGCGAACAUAAAGGUCAUAGUGCCAUCCUGCAGUUUACCCACGGGUGCGAAUGGCGUCUCCAGACACAUAGAAGUUGGUGAUUUUGUGAUCACACGCAUUAAUGAGUCAAACUCGCAGGUGCUGAAGGGCACCCCGCUCGAGAUCAGCAGCAUAUCCAUGUACCACAACAAUAACAGAUGAACCAACAGUUGACAUUAAACAAAAAUAAUACGAGCUUUAAUUUCGUA